GUAACCCCUAUGGCCCUAUCCAAUUCUCUCUGACGCAUAAAACCGAGAAGCGCGAACACAAUCUCACCUAUGGCGUCGUCGUUGUCGUCAUCCCUGUCCUCGAUCCUGAACCAGCCGCACUGCGCUCUGCGUCUCAAGCUCCAGAGGCCGUGCCGCUUCACUCUGAGGUUCCUCAAUUGGGGACCGGAGAAGUCCAGUUUCCAAUGCUACCACCACCGCCAGCAGCUGCCGCCUCACCCGCAAAGGAGGAGUCUUGGCCGCAGUAUCUCCAGAAACUUCUCGAAUUCCAGCACCAAUGCUUCUCUCUCCGGCCAGUCCGGUGGCCCCAGCCUCCGCCACUUCGUCGCUCAAGCUGCUCUCGCCGGUGCUGAAGCCCAGCUUCCGAAUGUGAAUGAUACUGCAGCUGAAAUUGCUCCAAUAGGUCGUAUCUAUCACGAGACUUAUGGGUGUCAAAUGAAUAUUAAUGACAUGGAGAUCGUUCUGUCUAUUAUGAAGAAUGCUGGGUAUAGUGAAGUCGUUGAUGUUCCUGAGAAAGCAGAGGUUAUUUUUAUCAACACCUGCGCUAUCAGGGACAAUGCGGAACAGAAGGUGUGGCAUCGGCUUAAUUAUUUUUGGUUUCUUAAGAGGGAAUGGAAGGACAAUGUUAAAAUAGGGAGGUCGCAGUCCAAACGUCCUCCAAAAGUUGUAGUUUUGGGAUGUAUGGCGGAGAGGUUAAAGGACAAGAUACUUGAUUCAGACAAAAUGGUUGAUGUGGUUUGCGGGCCUGAUGCGUACAGAGACUUGCCAAGAUUAUUAGAAGAUGUGGACUAUGGUCAGAAAGGAAUCAAUACUCUUCUUUCGCUGGAAGAGACUUAUGCUGAUAUUAGUCCAGUUCGAAUCUCCAAAAAUUCAAUUAGUGCUUUUGUUUCUGUUAUGAGGGGUUGCAACAAUAUGUGCUCAUUUUGCAUUGUUCCUUUCACAAGAGGCAGAGAGAGGUCACGUCCUGUGGAAUCUAUUGUGAGGGAGGUGGGAGAGCUUUGGGAUGAAGGCGUGAAAGAGGUAACACUGCUAGGCCAGAAUGUAAACAGCUACAAUGAUGCCUCUGAGAAUGAAAAGGAAGUUGAAACAGGAAAUAAUUGGAGAUACAGUGAAGGCUUUUCCAGCAUGUGCAAGGUGAAGAAAGUUGGUUCGCGUUUUGCUGAUCUCUUGGAUCGACUUUCCACAGAAUAUCCAGAGAUGAGGUUCCGAUACACAUCCCCACACCCUAAAGAUUUCCCUGAUGAGUUGCUGUAUUUAAUGCGAGACAGACCUAAUAUCUGCAGAAGCAUCCAUUUGCCUGCACAAACUGGGAGUAGCGCAGUGCUAGAAAGGAUGCGUCGUGGUUAUACCCGCGAGGCAUACUUAGAUCUUGUGCAGAAGAUACGGAGAAUUAUCCCAGAUGUGGGCAUCAGCAGUGAUUUCAUAUGUGGGUUUUGUGGGGAAACGGAGGAGGACCAUGAAGACACACUUAGUCUUGUAAAGGCUGUUGGUUACGACAUGGCUUACAUGUUUGCAUAUAGCAUGAGGGAGAAAACCCAUGCAAAUAGAAACUACGAUGAUGAUGUUCCAGAGGAUGUGAAGCAGAGGAGGCUGACUGAACUUAUCGAGGCUUUCCGUAAGAGCACAGGUCAGUGUUACGACUCACAGGUGGGAACUACCCAGCUUGUCUUAGUAGAAGGACCUAACAAGAGAGCUCCGGAUACAGAACUCAUGGGCAAAAGUGAUAGAGGUCAUAGAGUUUCUUUUGCUAACGUACUGUUACCACAUCGAGAUGCUGAUUCAAAUGAGGAAAGGAAUCCCGUAGUGGGUGAUUACGUUGAAGUUCGUAUAUUGAAAUCUACAAGAGCAUCACUAUUUGGAGAGGCUGUUGCAAUAAGUAAAUUGAGCUUGUUUUACAAUAAUGUGGAUGCAGAAGUUGUUGCCGCCUGUGGAAGUAGAAGUUGAACCGAGCUUUUUAUGGAUGCCCUAGGUUUACUUUUUUACACAGCAUACCCCUACGGAUUAGUUUAUUCAUGUUUUGUCGAUGGUGACCUUGGAGCUGCUUCUUGUGUGGGAGUUGAGAAUUUGUGGAUGCUGGUAAAACAAGGAUCGGUUUCAAAUUGGCGUUUCGUCUCCCUUUUUGAGAGAGUGGCUUCGACAUUCUCGCUGACAAGUGAAAACCCCAAACUUCAAGAAGGUUUAGGGUUAGGGUGCUAUGCAACUGUUUGCAUGGAUGCAUGUAUUGAUACAACGGUCUGAUGAAAAUACAUGCAUUUUGGUAUUAUGAAAUUGAGAAAAUUGUAGCAAUGGUCAUUUAACUUUAACCAAAUUGGAGCAAUGGUCUCUUGAUUAAAAAUUCAUGACCAUAGGUCUCUUAACUCAUUAAAACAUGCAAGUAUGGUCCUUUUUGUUAAAUCUUUCAGAAUUAUGUUAAAUUGAGUUAUGUAAGAAUGAUCAUAUCUACAACUGAGUUAAAGUAGAAGGAUUAUUGCUACAA